AAAAUCGCCCAAAUUUUCUCGAUUCAUUUCCCGUCUUUCAGUAUAAACGCUAAAAUCCUGUUAGAUUUUCUGUUCUAACGAUUAUCAUUCAAGAAAACAGUAAUAGUUAGAAACGAAGGAAUUAGAGAAAGAUGAUGCCCAUGCUACCAUUUGCACCAUCGCCAUCAAUUGUUAAUGCUUAUGCUCGAGUUGAUAAGGCCACCAGCGAGUUCUUAAACUGUCCUGAUUGGAGAAUCAACAUCGGGAUUUGUGAUAUCAUCAAUACUAAGCCUUGGCUUUCCAAAGACUAUGUAAAAGCUCUAAGAAGUAGAUUACAACACAAGAAUCCGAAUGUUCAGCUACUCUCUUUGACGCUUUUGGAAACAAUGGUGAAGAACUGUGCCGACCACCUUCACAGCCAGAUAGCGGAGAGAAAAAUACUUCAGGAGAUGAUCAAGAUUGUCAAGAAAAGGACACAUAUGCGUGUAAGGGAGAAAAUCUUGGUACUUAUAGACACUUGGCAAGAAGCAUUUGGAGGCCGAAGAGGAAAACAUGCUCACUAUCACCAUGCUUAUGAGGAACUAAGGCGUUAUGGAGUGGAAUUUCCCCGUCGAUCGCCAAAUCCGGCUCCUAUUUUUACACCUCCGGUUACCCAUCCAUCACCUGGACACCCUCAAGGCGGAGUCAAUUCCUCAAAUAGGCCUGAAGCCAUGACUUCCUGGAACGAGAACUUGAGUGUGUCGACGUUGGAGUCUAUGAGGAACGUUUCAGAUCUUUUAUCCGACAUGUUGCAAGCAGUCGAUCCCAAAGACCGUGCGGCUGUGAAAGAUGAAGUUAUCGUUGAUCUUACUGACCAAUGUCGAUCGAACCAAAAGAAACUUGGUCAAAUGCUAGCUUCAACAACCAAUGAGGAGCUUCUCCGACAGAGUCUUCAAUUUAACGACACCCUGCAAUGUCUUCUAGAGAAACAUGAUGCUAUUGCCUCUGGUUCCAUGACUUCUUUUCAAGCAUCGAGUUCGAUGAACCAUCCGAGUCAUCUUAAACAGAUUGAAAGUGCAGAAGUAAACUCGAAAUCAAGUAUUGUGGCCUCCGCACCCAUGGUUCAUUCAUCAGCGAAUGAAGCAAAAGAAGAGCAAAACAAUUCUGUUAUGAUAGCUAGCAGGCACUACGAAACACAAAGCGUUUCUUCUCAAAAUGGCUCAGCAACGGUUACUGCUUCCAAAACCAACGAAAAAGCCGCCUUGGAUCUCUCCUUGACCAUGGCCAUCGUUCUUUCUGAUCCACCACCUCCAGCAAACAAAAAGAAUGCGGAAGACAUGAUCGACUUUUUGAGCCUGGCGUUAGCACCUGCAAAAGCUUCAACAUCUAACAUUGAUCAUACCCCUCCGGCUUUAACCAUUGUAGAAAACCAACCACCACAGGCACCCAUGAACAGCUACGUGGUCCCAUGGGCUCAGGCACAGGCUCAAGCACAGGCUCAGGCUCAGGCUCAAGCCCAACCUGAACUCGAAUUACAACACCAGGUUCAGACCAUUCAACAACAAUCCAGCUACAUUCCUCCACCAUGGGCACCAACACCUGGCUAUUAUUGCAGCCCAUAUGCAACUGCUUAUUCAGCUGCUAGAUCCACGUCUUAUUAUAACAACGGUGGUUCGAGUGGCGAGGGUUUGAACCCAUAUAUCCCUUCGUAUAGAUUGUUUGAAGAUCUUAAUGUUCUUGGCAAUCUGAGGACAAGCGGCACAGCUGGGACUUCUGGACCAAGUAUGCUGGGUGGCCAGAAGUGAAAAAAAAACUGGAAAAGUUGGGUAUCUUAUUAAGAAUAAGAUUGAUGUUAGCAUAGAAA